GAUCUGGAUCUGACGAUGGUCACGUGGUACCCCUUAAAGCGCCCCUCUGAGAACAACCGGUCCCGGUUCAUUCAGGAGCUCGUGCUCUACUAUUGGAGCUCAGUGAAUUACGGUAGCAGGUUCGGAGGAUUCAACAGAACCUUUGGGUCAGUGACUCAUUUCUCCUGGCAGAUGGAGGACCGAACCGGACCCGAACUGGUUUUGGUCUUCAGCGGGAAACGGAAGUCCGGGAAAGAUUACAUAACGGAUCUGAUCCAGGAUCGCCUGGGCCCGGAGAUCUGCUGCAUCCUGCGUCUGUCCGGACCUCUCAAGCAGCAGUUCGCUCAGGAACACAAUCUGGACCUGGACCAGCUGCUGGGUCCCGGUCCGUACAAGGAGCUGUACCGAGCCAACAUGAUCCGCUGGGGAGAGGACCGCCGGAACCAGGACCCCGGCUUCUUCUGUCGCCUGGCAACCGGUGGAGCCCGACAGCCUGUGUGGGUGGUGAGUGACGCACGGCGGCUCUCGGACCUGCAGUGGUUCCGCUCAGAGUUUCCCCGUCAGACCCGCAGCGUCAGAGUCCAGUGCUCAGACGAAACCAGGGUGCAAAGGGGGUGGAGCUUCACAGCAGGUGUGGACGACGCAGAGUCAGAGUGCGGGCUGGACGGCGGCGUAGAGUUUGAUUGGAUCAUCACUAACGAGGCCGGAGCCCCCCCUCUGGACCAACAGCUGCAGCCGAUCCUGAAGGCGGCGCAGGAAGCGGCUUCCUCAACCCGAACUGAUCAAUAAAGUUAUCCUCUGCAUGAGUGGGAGGAGCGGCUUCGUCUAGGGAAUCAUUUUCUCCUCCCAAAGCGGCAGUUCUUUGUGCUUGUGGGAUUUUUUUUUUUUCAGCGGUUGAUCAACUCGUGCCAAAGUAUUUGCAAGUAUUUCUAUU